CUUGAUUGGUUGUAGUGGCGAGAUCGUGUCAGUGCGACGACUGCGAGGCGUAAUGGCAGCAUCCGGCUGCAGUUCUGGUGUAGUUGGAAAGAACAAUUCGAAAUAAUGUUUAACGAUUUUUAUACUGUAGUCAUGAUCGUCACAUAAAAAUCAUAAGUGACUGAAAAUGUCUUCCUACCGCAGUAGUGUGUUGUUAUCGUUAACGCUACUUAUUUGCCUGCACCGAGCAGCUGUCCAUGGAUUACUAUGCCAUUGCGAUAUUUGUGCUGACAGAAACGACACUUGCAUUACAGACGGGUUUUGCUUCACAUCUACCUCUUUGCAAAAAGACACUGGAGUUGUUACUCAUGCAUACAGGUGUUUUCAUAAGAGUGUUCUCUUUCCACCCGGCUUCCCCCUUUGGUGUCUGAACAACACCAACAUAGGUGUAGAAAAAGGGUAUGUGGUUGGAUGCUGUCAUGAUCGUGACUUUUGUAACCGUGAAUUGCAUCCAGCAUUUGCACCACCAACACAACCACCACAAUCUUCAGAAAAUCCUCAGGGCCAGGGAACGUUCUCACUGGGGACAUGGGAGCUGGCUUUGACUAUCGCUGGCCCUAUCGUCAUAGUGUGCAUCUUCAUAACAGUGGUCUAUAGCCUCUGGCAUCAGCAUCGCCGGCGCCAGCACCAACUACCCUAUCGUUCAGAGGAUUCAAUUGAAGCACCAGAUCAUCCCAUAUUGGGUGGAGUGUCGCUGCGGGACAUGAUUGAGAUGACCACAAGUGGGUCUGGCUCAGGCCUGCCUCUUUUGGUACAACGAAGUAUUGCAAGGCAGAUACAGCUUGUAGAAAUUAUUGGUAAAGGGAGGUUUGGAGAAGUGUGGCGGGGGAGGUGGCGAGGAGAGAAUGUGGCAGUGAAAAUAUUCUCAUCUAGAGAAGAACGUUCCUGGUUCCGAGAAGCAGAAAUUUACCAAACAGUAAUGCUGCGUCAUGAUAACAUUCUCGGAUUUAUUGCAGCUGAUAAUAAAGAUAAUGGGACAUGGACACAGCUGUGGCUGAUCACAGAUUACCAUGAGAAUGGAUCUCUCUUUGAUUACCUUAAUAGAAGUACUGUUGACACUACAGGCAUGAUCCGCAUGACCUUGUCAAUUGCUACUGGCCUGGCGCACCUCCACAUGGAGAUUGUAGGCACUCAAGGAAAACCUGCCAUAGCCCAUAGAGACCUGAAGUCAAAAAAUAUUUUGGUAAAAUCGAACACUACAUGUGCCAUUGGAGAUCUGGGUCUAGCUGUGCGGCAUGAUGUGGCAACAGAUACAGUAGACAUUCCGCUCAACAAUCGUGUUGGCACCAAACGGUACAUGGCUCCAGAGGUCCUUGAGGAGCUGAUUAAUAUGAAUCACUUUGAUUCAUUUAAAAGGGCAGAUGUAUAUGCUCUUGGCCUCAUAUUCUGGGAGAUUGCAAGAAGAUGUAAUGUUGGUGGUAUCUAUGAUGAUUACCAGUUGCCAUUUUAUGACAUGGUCCAGUCUGACCCAACCAUUGAAGAAAUGAGGAAAGUGGUAUGUCUGGACCGACAAAGGCCGUCUAUUCCUAACCGAUGGCAGUCAAAUGAGGCUCUUCAUGUGAUGUCAAAGGUGAUGAAAAAUCAGAAUGCAGCAGCUCGUCUCACGGCACUUCGCAUCAAGAAGACCCUUGCAAACCUUGGUGCAGCUGAAGACCUGAAAAUAUGAAGGGGAUGGUAUGGAGCAUAGCAAGUUGCUUCCAUAAUUGCAGCGAUCUCAGUUGUUUACAGUUGUGCUGCUGUUUGAAUUAGUGGAGACAUUUAACUUGAAACACAGUUAUGAAUUGAUUUUGAGGAACUUCUUUCACUAGUCAUGCCUUUUCAUUUGAGAUAAUUAUUGCAAGUUUUUUACUUUUCUUAAAAUGGACAGAAAAUGUAGUAAGGUGCUUCUUGUAAGCGCCAGAACAAUAUUAAGGAUAUUACUGAAUCACACUUUAUGAAAAGUAUUAUGGUGACAAGCAACAUGAUCAUGACCAGGAAACAAGGAAAUAAUUUUUGACUGGUGACUGUCCUGCUGUGCAGUGACAUUGGGGCAUGACACAUUUGAUCACCCAUAUUUAGUAGAUCAAAAAUGCAGGGUGCUGCUUGCCACCAUUGUAUUGUCAUUUGACAUUCUCUUGUUUAAAAUCUGACCUGCAUUCAAAUGAAUUCAAAGAUAAAUGAGACAGACAGGCAGCUGAAAUUUAAAGAAAGGAAUGGAUGAUGGGGAGAAGUGGGUGAAUAAAUGUUUAUUGAAUGGACGGGUGUAUGUUAAAUGAGUAUAUUUGGGAGAGAGUGGCUAGAAACAGAUCCAUUGACUGAAAAAGAAAUCACUGCCCAGUUGUAUUCCCUUUGUAACAACACAGGCCAUUUCCUUUAUUGUUUUGAUUCUAAAGCAACUUCAGCCCAUCAUUUGUGUUUAUUGUGAUGUAUCAGCAGUUAUGCUAGAGCCAGACAAGGGCCAGAUAUAUAUGAUAUUUUAAUUUACUGUAAUAGGAUUCAAAAACUAUUUUAAUUCGAUUAAAAAAUGCUUAUUGAUAUAAUGUGUGAUUACAUAAUCCUGAAUUUGAAUUUUAUCAAGGAUUUUUGGAAAUAGGAAGUUUAAAAUCCAUGCAGUCUGUACCUCAUUUCUAGCUGAAGGUGAAUGGGGCAACAUUAACAAUGAAUUACUGUGUCUGGCUUAAAAUCAUUUAGGACCCAGUGGUGGUGUUUCAGUAUAGUGUUGACUUUAUAGGGAAGAUCUGAAAUAGUUUCAUGUGUUACCACAGUCUUGUUUAUACUUAAACUAUCAGUAACAUAGAAGUGAAAUGAAAAUUUAAUGCCUUUAUGUAUUAUUGUAGUCAUGUCUUGUCUUACAGUAACAAAACCUUGAAAUACAAACAUGUCUGUAAAAUUAUGGUGCAGAUUUAAAGUUUAGCUAUUUUGUAACACUUAGUGCUACAGGAUGGUUUAAAAGUCUGUGUGCAUGUGUAAGAAGAAGUGUUGGAAUUUGGAAGUGGUUUAAAAGUCCCUUGUGUAUGUGCUCACACAUACUCUAGGUCAGGCCUGCCGAACCUGUAGCUUGUGGGCAUCAUGUUGCCUGUGAUGUAGUGUUAUAUUGCUCGUGGAGACAUUUGAAAUAAGAAAACAUCUUUUAACCCUUUCCCUGUCAGCAGCACCAUAGAAUGCCGUAGCAAUUCCACCCGUUUCCUGGCAAACUAUGAAAGAAAACUUACCACCACUUCCAUAUUCCCAAGUGACCCUAUCAUAAAUCCUUAUUGUUAGCUGUUGUUCUUUGCCAGGAUUAAAAUAACUUUGUCGACAUUUGCCAAUGUGUAUUGUUACGGGGAUGUUUUCUAGUUAACGACUUCCAGAUGUACAGGUACCAGCAGCGACUUCUUGUUGAUGUUUUUAUUGCUGGACUUACAGUCUGUCCUAUUGUCCCAAGUUAAAAUCUAUGCAAUAAUAUUUUAAAAAGGUUAUGAGGUUUUUAUUUAUGGCAACAUUACUAAUUACUAAUUUAUUUUGUAAAAAUGUGCUAGAAAUAAACACAACCUAGCCUAGGUUGUGAAUUGAAUUUUUUUUACAGAUUUUUCACAUUAUUAAUAUAUUUUUAUUGUAUAUAAUAUAUAGAAAAAUAUACAUAUAUAUUCUAUAUUGCCCACAUACAGACCAAAUGUUGCAGAAGUUGCCCUCACAAUAAAAAGGGUUGGGCAGGUCUGCUGUAUGUGGUACAAGUAAGUUGCAUGUGACACAUGCAGGAUUUUUGAACCAAUUCCCACUUCCAGUACUCGUUCUUACGUAAAUACAGGGACUUCUGAAGCAUUCUGUAGAAACAUGAAACACAUAUAACAUGAAGCAGAAGAAACUAAUGUUAAUGCAUUUCAGUUUGGGGUACAUAUGUUGAUCUACACAUGCCUCAUUACUAUUCUAAGUACUGUUUUCCACCGUAUUUUAGUGCUGAAUGAGAAUGUCUGUCUGUGGUGGUGGUGGUGACAGAAAAUGAGAGUACAAAACAUAUUUUAUGGUAAUUUCAAACUGAUCAUGAAUUUCUAAUAUCUGUCACUUCAGAAUAUUAUGGAAGAAGUGAUUAAUACAUUUAGGAACAAAAUGGUUUUCUUCCUGUUUAUGACAAACUGCUGAAAUAUCAUAUAAACAUGUAAUGCUGUUUUAAUGUAUUUCCCCAUAUCAUAUUUGUUGUAUAUUAGAAAAUGCUCAUGUAUUGCACUGCAACAUAACAUGGAUCUGCAAAUGUAUACUUGCAGACUCUGUCUUUCCUCAUUGUGGUGCAGUAUUUAAUAACGUCCUUUUUCUACAUAAUAGUACAAUAUUUUUAUUACAGUGUCAUUGUCAUAAUUUUAUUGUUGCAGUAUUUUGUUGCGAAGCAGAAGUUGUUUUAGAAUGAAGUGUAAUGACUAAACGAUGUUUCCUCUAAAAUGAUAAGAUAUUCUGAAACAUGCUUUAGUACUAGCCUACAAUUUGCAGUAGAUAUGUCAAGGUGUCUUUUAGGGGAAAUGUUACAGUAAUCCUGUGCCUUGUUGCCCAGUUAUUGGAGCAGCAUCCUUCCUCUGUUCCCUAUAGCAAGCAGUUCCAUAGACAUCAUGUAGGCUAUCUUUAUGUCUGCAUACACAAGCCAGGUUAUUAUUUCAUGUUGUCACAAAGUAAAGGAAUGUUGUUUAUGUAGUACUUUAUUGCUGUGUGUGUGUGCGCAUGUAUUUUAGCCGUAUGGGUGUGCUGGAACUUCUGACCAUAUUGUAUCUUUUGCUGCCAUUUCAGUAAACUUUUGCUGUUAUAUUUUUUAAAUGAAUUAUUGUGGCUUAUUUUUAGAUUUUUGCAGGUCAUGGGAAGGAGAAAGUGUGAGAGUGGAUAGUGAUUGUGUAAGGAAUGGUUUGCGGGUCUUGAUGUCUAUUGUAGUUCCUAAUAGAACUAAUCUAGCAACUUUAAAAUUUGGUGUUGUUCAGCCAAGAGUUGCAGUUGUCUUACAUUAUAGGGAAAUUUUAUAAUGUAUCAGUCAUAAGAAGCUUUGAUCAGAGUGGCCAUGCAGUUUGGUUUGUGGACCUUGAUCACUCAAGACACUGAGAUUAUGGGUUCGAAUCCCACUCCUAGCUUGGAUGUUUUCGUAUCUUUCUGUGUUGUGCUGUCCUGUAUAGAUAGAGACCUUGUGACAGUCUUAUGACUUGUCCAAGGUCUCCUACCAAAUGUCUAAAAAGAUUAAGAAACAUCCCAUAUGUGAGGAGGCCAAGGUCCUUUAAGGACUGACUGCAGAUCCACAUAAUGAUCAUGAUUAUGGUAAAAGAAAAACUAUUUACAAAACUGGAAUGCUUAUUUGUGCUGAAUGCAAAAUAAGGGCUCCUUAAAUAUUGUUCUGUAAUUAGAAAAAGAAAAAAUGGUUCAAACUGAGAUUUUGUGUGUCUGGUUUAUAUCUCCAACUGUCCAUAAAAAGUUUAUAAGUUUUAUCAUCUUGUAACUCAAUUAAUUUGAAGUUACUGAAUUGCAUGUGCUCGAUAACAGCAAAAAUUAACACAGUUUGAGGUGUUCCUUGUGUUUUCAAUGCUUGAGUUCUACAUCAUAUCUUGUUAAGUUGUGCUGCUGGUGUUUUUUUUAGACCUGAGAAUGUGCACACAUUUUCAUUGCAAAAAAUACCAUCUUGCAACUGGGUGAUCUUUUCUCUGCUACAGAAACAUGCAGUAUGUUCAUUGGCUUCUUAAUACAUCAUAUGUCUGGUAUUUGGUAACAGAGAAUUUACUUCAUCUUAUACUUCACUGGAAGAUCUCAUUUAGCCAUUAUAUUUUUCUAAAAACUGAUUGAUGUUAAAUUAGACUUGCUCAUGAUAAAAGAGAUAAAUAGAAUUAAAGUUGUCCCUGUGUAUAAGCAAAACAUACACAGACAUAAUGAGGGGUGGAGUUAGAACUUUGUGGUUUUUUAAUCUUUACAUUAAUUAGAGGUGAGCAGACAGCUUUACCCCUGUCUCCCUUAAGGAUGCUAGAGUGGGUCCCAGCAAUGGAUUGGGCAUGAUAGUAAAGAGUCUUUGUCCCUGUUUUAAUAGAAUUCUGGCCACACAGUCCAUAGUCUGUCUUUACCUAAUUCUUAAUAGUUUUCUACAAAAAGCUGCAGGCAUUUUUGUUUCUUGAGUCUGACUUUCACUUUGUGUUGUCAUUCUUUGGAGCUAUACCAUAUCUUAUCUUUGUCACUCAUGCACCGAUUCAUUUAUGUAUACUGAAAACAUCAUGUUGUUUAAAGAUGACUGUCUUCUGGGUUGUGCCAUGUAGUCUGAUUGAAGUUUUCCAGUGUUUCAGAGGCAGCAAGCACCUCUGAAAUGUUAAUAAACUUCUACCAAUCUACAUGGCACAACAACCCAGAAGGCAGCCAUCUUGACACUUGUUGCCUUGAGAACCUGAAAUCAAAUUCGAAAGGAAGGAACUCUGUAACCCAUUGUUUUUAUUACAGAAACUUCUGGUGCUUGUUACUUUUGUCUUUUAUGACAGUUUAUUAACAUUAUAAAAUUAUUACUUAUUUACUUCAUGAAAGAAAGUAAUGAUGUCAGAAUUUAAGAAGAGUUUUGUGUUUUAAGAAGAUAGAAAUUCUUGCUGUAAGUCCUGAUCUUGAUUGAAUGCACAUUUUAAGGUUGCUAAGACUUAUGUUUGUAUAUAGGUUGAUAACUUUAAGUAGGGAAUUUUGGUUAUUUUAUAUAUGUAGCACCAUUCAGGGGAACUAACAAUAUUAUAACAUGCCAGACUAUGUUUCCAUUCAAAGGUAGAAUGAAUACUUUGAAACAUUCAGUACAAAUAUGAUAUAAGCAUUAGUGUAAUGAUUGUUUUAAGAAACCCAGAAAGAAUACUCAGUAACAUGACAGUUUACCAAGUAAUUCUCCCCCCACAGAUUAUUUUAGUCUUUAUGUUAAAAGCUCAUAUAGAAGUGUUUGAGUGCAUAUGUUGUGUGGUUGGCAUAUGGGGAUUUGGUUGGACAUUUGGCAGUUGGAUUUUGAGCCAUUUUGAGACACUUUCUUGAAUGAUGGUCUGACCCAGUCUUGGUUUCAUAUGCACAUUUCCAAGAACCUUUUCAGCAUUGUUAGUCCAUUGAAGAUAGUCCUUUAUUUGUAUGAAAUUGAUUUAUUUUGUUAAAAUAUACUAUGAAGUAUUUUGUUACGUAGGUAUCUUUUAGAAUGUGAGAAGUUGACAAGUAGAAAUCUUUGGCUCAAUCACAUGCCAUGCCGUGCCAUGCCGCUAUGUCCGACAGUUGCCUCAUGAAGCUAAUUUGAUUACAAUGGUAAGUGUUGGUGUGUAAGCAAAGUGACAAUAAAUGUGUGUUGUGUUUUGAGUUGAUGUGAAGACAGAGACGUUGGUGCUCUUUGUUAGCCUUGUUGAAGUGCAUUACUCUUGCCUUCAGUUGACAGUAGUUGUUACACAUAGGAAAACUAUAAUGAUGAUACAGUUUCCAUGCAAGGUGGCAGCAAUAUGGGUUAGCAAGCUACACAUAAUUAUAACUAAAAUAAAUUUAUAAUAAUGUUCAGUGUGAAGAUAUGUAAUAAACUAACUUCCGCAGGAAUCGAGUAAGGAUGGUCGGUAUGUAAAGUUUUGUGGUUUGUUUUCCUACUAUUGCCACUAUCUUGCUUGGCCAUCAUUGGAACUUGCUUUAGUAGCUGUGACCAUCCUCCCUAAUGUAACAAGAAAAUGUACUGAUUCUGUGAAUGUAACAAGCAAACAGCAAAGUUCAAAUUGUAUUUUGCUCAGCAUCUUCUAAACAAAAGCAUGAGAAGCUUUUAUGUACAAACAACAUUAUCCUGCAUAUAUACACUAGUAAUGUAGAAUGUUGUAACCAAAUUGUGUCCUUUUCGUGUAUAACUUGUUGACACUGUAAAUGAGAAUACUGAACUUCUUUUUAAAAAAAUUUUGGACUAACUUCUGUUAUUCAAAUGUUUUUCAAAAUCAGCUAUUCAUUUAGCGUAUCAUACAUACCUCCUUAUGAUGUAUUUUUGAGACUGAUAUGCUGAUACUGUGACUCUAUGUAUUUGUGUAGCUAUGUAACAGUUGUUAGUAUGUUAUCAAGAUGGGCAAUUCUGUGAGAUCAUUCCAGAUAACUUGAGUAUUAAUUGUUAAAAUAACCAGACACUGUGAGGGAUAAACAACAUACAACAAAUACAAGGACAGAACUGCAUAUCCCUUACUUAAUCUUCUAAAUUUUUACUUGCCACCAAAUAUUGAAUGGUUAGUACUUCUGCUUUGUAUUUUGAAGGUCUGAGGUUUAGUUUUUGGCUUGGAGGCCAGCUGUCCUGACUGAGGCCUCCCCCCUUCCUCCAGGCAAGUGCUGGGGUAGUACCUUGAGAGUUGUCAUAAUCUCUUCCUUCUACAUUAUUCCCAGCCACUGUCUUAUUUUAUACUGUACAACCUGUGCAGUUGAAAAUGUGUUCUUAGGUAAACUAAGAAAUGUUACUUGUUUUGUAUGUGAUCAGUCAUUCAUCACACUGAAUGUAUUUGUUAAAUGAGUUGAUAAAGAAAGACUCUAACAUCACAUAUGAAGGGUAAAUGUCUGUUUUGAAAAGUUACCCUCCAUUUUACUGAAGCAUCAUGCUGCUUGCCAGGAAAGAAAAUUAAUUUUAGAGUUAGGAAGUUCUUGUAGCAACCAUAAGUGCGACAUUAAAAUGGUUUGGCAUAGAUUUACUUUGGUGGUAUGUAAUGAUAUGCGUUGGUUGUGGUUAAGUAGAAAAGAUUACACUUUUACUGGUUCAAGAAGAAAAACUCUUAAUUAAGACUAAUUACAUUAAAUAUCCUUUAGUGAUUUCCGAACUUUGUCUAUCCAUGUUUAUUAUGUUAACUGUCUUGCUGAAAAUUUUGAGUAGGUUUUGAAUUAUAGGUUUGUGAGGAAUUUUAUAGAGUUUAGAUAAUACAUGUAAAUGUUCAAGUUAUGUUCUUGAUAUCACAGUGAGCCUUUGGAAUUUUCUGUAUGCUGUUAGGAUAUAUAUUAACAAAUUGGAAAGUACAGAAUUGCCCUUAGCUUGAUAAGUUAAAGGUGAAACAUCUUGUCUCUCAGCCUAUAGAAUCACAUUACAGCAUUGAAGUAAGUCAUUUGUUUGUCCAUGUAGUGGCUUGUCAAGGAAAUAUAUUUAUUUAUAUAACACUUAUAAUUUAACAAAUCUGCAGAAUGGCUUCCAUGAAAUACAUGUAGUUCAAAUGGUACAUUUCCAAGUAGCAUUAAUUGUCAGUCUUAAUUACCUUUUUGUUUCUCAGGAUGAUAAUUUCAAUAGUUGCAGGUGACACAUACAUUCAGGUUUUUGUAAAAAUCAUUAUAAGAUGUAACAAGCAGGCCCCAUAAAUAAAAUAAGAGUACCUUUACUUGUGUUCACUGUCAUGUAGAUAAAUCAGGACUCUCAUGAUCACAUGUGAGAUUGAUUUUUUGUUUUUGUUUAUUGCGAUUUGUUGUCAAUCAGAUUACACUUAUUUAAUCAAGUUUUUCCAGACCAGGUAUUUAAACUAUUCAUAGAAUGUAAUAAGUGUUGCUAGAUGUGGAAUUGUCAUUGAUCAUUAUUCAGAGUUUUACAGACAAUGUAGGCUUGUAAUUUCUCAUCAGUUUUAUCAGGGUACAUAUUUGGUUUCCUUUUAGAUUUUCUCAAUUCUUGUGCUUGCAGGUUGGGCACUGGGAUAGCGAUAUGUUCCAUAUAGUAUCUCAUUCUGAAAGUAGUUGUGUUGUGACUAUAUUUGUACCUUACUCAUUUCAAGUCAGGCACAGUAAAGUUAUGGCCAUGCUGGUCUUGUAGGAGUUUGAGGGUAGUGCCCAUUCAUAUGUAUUCUGUGUAAACUUUUAAAGUGCUGUGUAUAUUGUGUUAUAAAUAUUGAACAAAAAUGUGACAUUGGUUGCCUCUGACUUCAGCCACUCAGUCUGUAUUUUAACAGUACUUGGGGUCAUCUGUGAUUCUGUGGUUUUUAAAGAUAUUUUAAAAUAGAAUCAUUAUGCCGCAUUUUAACAUAAUAGUAGUAAGCAGACAAAUGUAGUUGAUGUUGCAUUUCCAGUAGUAAGAGCACAAUGUUCAGAUCAUACAAAGUCAGCACUGAAUUUCUGAUUUUUCCUACCACAACAUUUUAUGCUGUAGUUGUGUGAGAUAUGAGGAUGUGGGAACUGUGGUCUGAUGUAAGCACAUAAUGUUUUUCUAAUGUCCAUCCUGGCCUAGUAUAUUAAUGAAAUGAUUACAAUUAAUGUGUGUUGUUGAUACAGUGCUUUUCUACCAUUUGUACCAAUUCUCUUGUUAACUUGGUGAAGGCUUGAUACCAUUGAGCAUAUAUAUACUAUAUAUAUAUAUAUAUAUAUAUAUAUCACGAGUAUGCAUCAUUGCCACUAUAUUAGUGAAAACGUGUUUUGUAUUAAAUAUUUCUGUUGUCAUUUCUUAGUCAGAUAACAUAACAGCUGUAUCAGUAUGUUUCACUGUAUACUUGGGUCUUUUCCAUUGACUUCCAUUGAAACUGUGUAUGGUAUUUCCAAAUUCACACUAUAUCUAUUGGUCGCAUACAUUUAUGGCUGUAGUAGUCAGUGUGGAACUCCCAUCCAUGAACAGGCCCAAGUAUAAUAUGUUCUCACAUGUUAAUUACUUCACUAAGUACACAUAUAUUUAUAUAUAAAGAUGGGAAAAACAUUCUUGCCUUUAAUAAGUGACAAAUACUUUAGUACAAAUAUUGUUUGAUAUGUAUUCCGUCAUCAGUAGUAACCAAGUAUUAUUCAGCAGUAAUGCUUGGUUUGGUAGUAUGAUGAGCUCUUCAGAUGUUGAAUGAUGACUGGUGCUGUAUACCAGUGUAUACUAACUGUGUGGUCCAUCCUAAGAACAUGGUUGCUUCAGAACUUGUAUAUUCCAUGUUACUGAAAGAGGUAAAGAAACAGGGUAAAAUCUUACCUGCCAUUUACCUUUCCCCUUUACUCAUAUAUUCUUAAAACUUCAUUUAGAUGGUUACAUUUUCAUUGAAAAUUAACACCAUUUUUUCAAUAUAUUAAAGGCCACUGUAAAUGCCUCAUGUCCUUGCCUGUGAGUAAAGUGAUGAAAUUUAUGUAUAAAUUCUUGCUCAUAUAUUACUAGCACCCCUUUGGUGUAUCAGAUCUAAUAUAGUAGCCAUGGUGCAUUCCUUAACUGUUGUGUAUAUAUCUGAAACAGAUUUAUGAUAACAGAAUAGAUUAACACAUUUUCAAUAUGUACAAUGUUUCAUCAGAAUGUCAGAGUUGUACAUGUUUAUUGUUUAUAAUAUUGCACUUUGCUUGUGAAGAGAACUUCAGUUUAGCUUUUCUAUUGAUAACCAUAAUCUUUCUAUUUUUACUGCAUGAUGUUCCUUUGUUUUUGUAUGGUGUAAAUGCACAGUAGAGUUACAUAAAACAAAAUAUGUACACUUAUAAAGUUUUUAUUUUAAAGCUCUAUUAUUUACUGCAGAAGAAUGGAAAAGCCACGCUUGUUAUUGUUGCUGUAAAAACAAUAAAUGGAGAAUAAUUGAAGAGAAAACCAGCCAAACUUGACAUAACUUCAAGAGGCUUGUACUCUAAAAUUAGAAGAAACAAAAUCUUAUUGGCCUGUUGGAUGCCCAGAUAAAACCAUUCAAUUUACUGGGCUUUAUUAUUUCAGAUUUGAAGGACCCAACAUUUUGUUUCGCUAUGUGUAAAUAUUCAUAUGGUCCGGUUGUCAGCAAGUUGUUGCUUUUGGUGUUGCUGAUUCAAACAUCACAUAGUCUUUGCAAAUGUUGGUCUGCUGUUAUAUACCAUUACAGCAUCAUAACCCAGAUCAACAUUGACACCUUCACUGCCAUGAAAAUGUCUCAUCUAGUAUUUGUUUUUUGGGGUAAUUCAUUGUUUUCAUUACUUUAUUGUCUGUAUGCCAGUUUAAAAAAAUACUGUAAAUCCUUAUACAAGGAGAAUAUAUAUGUGCGAUUUAGGGGCA